UGGUGGUGGGUUCCACUUUAUAACGGGAACACAAGCACGAUCGAGAAAUCGGUUUGAGAUUUCGACCCCGACUCCCUCUGGUGUCGCAGAGAGAUUAGCACAAACUUUAGCCACGGCACAUUGACUGCUUUCGGGGGGAGAGAUAUGGCAUUUGAUUGCGGGGUAUUUCAAAAGUUAAAGCGAGCAAGAAGCGCCCAAGAGCCUAAACAUCUAGAAGGAAACACCAUGACAACGGCCAACGAUGACGUUACCAAAUCAGUGACAUCAGAGCUGACGUUUAGACCAACGUCAGAAAACAGAGUUUCCAAGUUUUGCCGCAGCCCUGACUGGUCAGAAUUUGAGGGCAUGUUUGCAACAGAUUUCCUCAAGUCUGGCGGUUCGGAGAAGAUGUGUCACUUCCUUCACGAGAUAGCUGACGUCCUGCAGCAGUAUCUGGUGAAGCAGAAAGACAGGGGAGGGAAGGUCCUUGACUUUCACCACCCUCAUCAACUCCGCGAGAUGAUGGCGCACUGUCUCGAUAUUCACGAGAGUCCACGAGAUCUGGAGCAGAUACUUAGCGACUGCAAAGAGACCCUAAAGUACUGCGUGAAAUCUGGUCAUCCCCGGUUUCUAAAUCAGCUUGGAACUGGAGUGGAUGUUAUUGGCGUCGCCGGGGAGUGGCUCGCUGCCACAGCUAACAGUAACAUGUUUACGUAUGAGGUUGCUCCUGUGUUUACGCUUAUGGAGGAAAUAAUACUGCAGCGCAUGCGCAGUCUUGUUGGAUGGGAAGAAGGGGACGGAAUAUUCGCUCCCGGCGGAGCUGUGUCCAACUUCUAUGGAGUUCUUCUGGCGAGACACCAGAUGUACCCGGAAGUGAAGAAAGAUGGGAUGAUUGGCAUUGCUCAGCCGGUCAUGUUUGUGUCUGAACAGAGUCAUUAUUCUCUGAGGAGAGCAGCUGGGCUCUUGGGUAUUGGUACCAACAAUGUGAUAUCCGUCAAGUGUGACCACAGGGGUAAGAUGAUCAUUGAGGACCUGGAAAAGAAGAUCAGUUUGGCUAAGCAGGCUGGCAAGAAACCUUUGCUUGUCAACGCAACAUGUGGGACAACUGUGUUUGGUGCUUAUGACCCAGUGGAGGCCAUUGCGGACGUUUGUGAAAAAAAUGAAAUGUGGUUACACGUUGAUGCAGCGUGGGGAGGAUCGGCGUUGCUCUCUCGAAAACACAGACAUCUUCUGCAGGGCGUGCACAGAGCUGACUCGUUGACAUGGAAUCCACACAAGAUGAUGGGCGUGCCCUUACAGUGCUCGGCCAUUCUCACGAGGCACAAGGAUCUUCUUUUAGCUGCGAACCAAUCCAAUGCGGCCUACCUGUUCCAAAAGGACAAACUAUACGAUGUGAGUUACGACACGGGUGACAAGACCGUGCAGUGUGGCCGACACAACGACAUCUUUAAACUGUGGCUCAUGUGGAGAUCCAAGGGCGAUAAAGGGUUUGAGGAUCAAAUGGACCGUAACUUUGAACUAGCAAAAUAUCUUCUUGGGAAAGUGAGAGAUCGCGAAGGAUUCCACCUUAUUCUUGACGAGAUCGAAGGCCCUAAUGUUUGUUUCUGGUAUAUCCCACAAAAAUGGCGAUCCUUAAAACGCGAGGAAAUACCCGAUGAAGAUCUCCACAAGGUUGCACCAGCCAUCAAGGCACGAAUGAUGGAAUCAGGAACAGUGAUGGUCCAAUAUCAACCUUUAAACACGAUGCCCAACUUUUUCCGGGUCGCCAUUUCCAACAUGGCCGUCAGUACACGUGACCUGGACUUCCUGCUUGAUGAGAUCGAAUGUCUUGGGCGAGAUCUGAACCUGUGAUCUUCUUCCUGCUCCGGGAGCAGGAACUAAACUAAAUGCCAAUGCAGAAGUUGUGGAUGGGAACAUAUUCACUGAGAGUGUUUUUAGAGAGUUGCAUAAUGACCCGUUCUGUGUGAGCUCUUGUAAUCAUGAUGCCCGAUUAAAGGUCUGGGAGAGAAUGUUAGUGUAGGAAAUAAAAUCCGAUUGCGUUGAAAAGCAUUCCCUAACUGUAUGUGACCUUAUAGAAUUUAUAUCGGUAUCCGUUGGAGAACCGACAAUAAAUGAUUAUGUUUAAUUAGAGCGUAUAAGAGCCAUUAGAAGCAUCUCCCAUUGGCAGAACAACUUAAACAUAGGCGUCACGGCACGAAUAGAUGUUGUGGGAGGACGAUUAACGAUCAGUUAUUUGAGAUUUGUAGUUUGGCGUUAUGAUGCUGUGGUAUUUGUAUGGUCUCGCAAUUUGAAAGUGGUUGUAUUAGUAAUAUGGGUUGUAAGUUUGCUUGUAUUAGGACCUGAGGUUAGGGACAUGUACAUUGCAAGUAUAUAUAUAUUCACUGAAACCUAUACAUUUAAACAGAAUUAAGUUCAAACAGCAUCAGCUGGCAUGCUUAAUUAUCAUUUCUAAUAUUAUUCGAGAUUUCGCUGGAAAAGGAUACGGCAGCUCCUGACAUCACUAACAUGAACAUAAACACAUAUAGAGAGUGUUCUUAUGCGACGCGACGCGGUGAUAUAACUGGACUACUGUUCACUCACUCACACAUGUAUGUACAUGUACGUCUGUCGUAUUAGUGUUUGGAACAACUGCAUAGAAUUACCUAAAACAAAGAGAAACAGGGUGAAGCUGGCUUUUUACACUGAAUUAACAGGUCCCACUGAAGGGGAAAUUUUUUUGCCAUUUAUUUACUUACUAUUUGUUUUUAUGUACCUCAUAUGCAAGGAAGGUAGACAUCUAAAUCGAAUUUGUUAUAUUAUACAUUUCUCGAAAUGGGAACUUUGCAAUUCAUCUUGUCAUUAUUUUAAUAUUUGGUUGGCAUAGCGAUUCUGUUACUUUGACCCCGUUACCUCGGUAUACCAUCUUCUUCGGUGGACCGGCAUAUACUUGUUAUACUAACUAUCUUGUUAACUCCUUCACGAUUCUUAAGAGAUGGUGGCCACUGUGUCACAAUGAAUGGUGUUUCCCAUUGAGGAUCUGUCGCCAGUUCUCCAGCGUCUAUUCUGCUUUCAGAACUUGCGUGCCAUGUCUUUCAUAGUUUACUUCAGGUAAAAAUCCAUCAAUUCACAAAUAAGGCUUGAAUGUUGCUAAGAAGAGUUUAGAUGACGAUGAAUGUUUUACCGUUAUGUGUAUUUAUCGUAAAGUGAGGGGCAAGAACAUCUAUACCUCUCGGCUUAUUGUAUCAUAUGUUUGAUGUUUAAUUGAAUUAGGAGGCACGGGUGGCCAAGUCGAGAGUUGCGUCCCUUCGUACGCUCCAGAAACCUAUGAUUGUGGGUUCGAAUCCCGAUUCGCCCCGAUUAUGUUUCUAGGUUUGUCAGCACCAUACCCGUGCUCAUGGGUUUCACCGAAGUGGUAAACGUCUGAGACCUGCAUCACUUCGGGCGUUCCUCCCACAUUAAGCUGACACGCCGCGAUAUAACCGUAAUACUGUUAAAAGCGGCGUUAAACCCAACUCACUCACCCAUUAAUUGAAUUAUCUUAGGUUAGCGAUGUUUUAUACAAAAAUGAACUGUACUGGCACCAUGUCAGCACUAAAAGAAUAUUUCCACAUGGUUUUAUGUGUAAAAUAUCAAAGAUUUAAAACUGAUUUUUACUGACGAUGUGUAUCCUAUCAAUAAAUUGCUUUUUGGAACAUAAUAGGGUCAUACGGUUGCAAAAAUCAUUUCUUACCCCCGUCUGCAUGCAACCAAUAUCUUUAGUCUUGGCGAAGGCAUUUAGGAGUGAUACACAUAAGGAAGAGAAUCUAUGGAUGUCAACUUCUUUAUUAUGAGGAACACAACGUUUCUGAGUAAAAGGUUACUCCUUCAUCAGGUCAUUAUGUCCCUCAUAAUAAAGAUUUUGACAUCCCUAAAUUCUCUUCCUAAUAUAUUCUUACACAACAUUACUCAGCUACAGAUAACUGUUUACAAACUGUUGCAGGAAUAAGUUAUUGUUAAAUAGACAUAAUCACAUUUAACAAUGGCUCAGCGAUCUAAGGCCUCGCAAUUCGUUCUGCUGAGAUGGGUCCCUUUUGGCGCAUAUGAAUCAUUUGGUUACAGGUUCGAAUCCCAGAUUUUCCCUAAUCACUAUUUACCAUCGCCAUUCACCAAAGAUAUAACUGAAAUACUGUUCAAGCUGGCGUUAAAACCAACUCAUUCCCUCACAGCAACAUGAAUAUGUACCAAGCUGAUUGUGGAUAAGAAUGUAUAAUACAUGAAUAUAUAAUCUAGUUAUCUAUAGAAGUGAUCACGUGUGUAUUUAUGACAAAGAUAGAGAGCUAUUCAACGUGAAACUGUUUGUUUCUGGACCGCCUCUCUGGGCAAGUGGUAGAGCGUACGCCCGGAGAGCGGAAGUCGGGGGUUCCAUACGAGCUCGUCAUACCAAAAGACGUUAAUAGACGGUACUUGUUGUUACCCUGCCUGGUGCUCGGCGUAAAAGGGUGACGUAUUGUUAUGUACACAUGUUUUUGUUCCCAGCGAUCAUUGUGAUAUAGACUCUGUGAUUUCAUAAUGUUACCAGCAGCAAUGACAAGAUAUAUUACACAUUUUAUAUAUAGUAGUUUUGUUACGGCCUCAGUUGAAGACGGCGUUAAUAUAGAUAUAUAGAUAAGACGUGUAGAACUCAUUGCAUGUAUACAGGAAACGUUAAGUACUUACUCAUUUCGUGUACAAUUCGGUGGUGAGGAAAAGACGAAAAUGACAGAAUCGUUGGAUGGUUAUGUUCAUGGUUGUUGAAAUCGGUGUUUACACGAUCUAUACUGAAAUCAUUCUUUGUUUGUAUUUAUCAAUGUUAACGUUGCAUGUAUAUAAUGACAAUGUAUGGUUAUUUUGGAAAAUAUGUGGAUAUUUGUGCAUUGAAACCCUGAUCUCUGUUUAGAAAGAAUUUAAUAAACAUUUUGCUUUUAGACUGAAUAAAUAUCAUAUUUAGCUAGAGUUA